CCACUCUGCUCCUUCCUUCCUUGCCUCCAAAGACAAGUUAUGCUCCAUCCCACACACAACAAACACUAUUUUUAACACUUUGACGCCACGCCAUGAACAUCAAAAACUACAACACCAUCGACAUAGUUCUUCCCCACCUUCAAACUUUCCCCGCAACAAUGUCUAACUCAACACCAUACAGAAAGCCAAAUACCACUACCAUUCACAUCAUGGCACUCGAUGGUAUCAUUAACGUUAACUCCUUGUUCACUUUGGGACUCUUCGUCGGCCUCUCGUUGUAUCCUAAUCCCUCCACCACUCUCGUCUCUGUUUCAUGCUCUCCAGGACCCGCCGUCUUCGAGAAUUUAGUUGCAUUCCACGUCUACUCCUUCAGUUCUUUUCUCUUCUCAAGUCUUAUAGCCUCUGCUUUAAAGCAAGCUAUCAAGUUUACGAAUAGUAGUGUAGAAAGCCAGUUACGUGGUGUUGGUUUGACAAUGGUUGAGGUCAACUUAAUAUUGUUGCGGGUGGGGAUUCUUCUUUCGGGUGUUGGGUCAGUUUCUGGGUGUGGGUUCUUGACGAUGGCUUUGGUGAAUUUGGUUCAGGUUAAGUUAGGGGUCUUGGAUUGUAAGAGUUUUCAUACUUUGGCUGCAAUAUGUCCUCUUGUGACUUUGGUCCCUUUGGCACUUGUUUUUUAUGUUUGUUUAGUGCUUUAUGCUUUUAUUCGCUGAAGAUUUAUAAAUAAUGAACACUGUUUUUG